AAGAAGUCUUCGGUCAAAACACAUUGCGAGACAUGAAGAGUUUGAAGGCGAAGUUUAAAAAGUGUGAGGGUCAGGACUGGAGUAAGAGUGAUGAGAAGCUGCUGCAGGCCGUGGAGCUCAAUGACCCCGAGCGAGUCGCUGCGCUGAUCCUGAAGAAGGGCCUGACCCCGGCCAAGCUGGACCCAGAGGGCAAGUCAGCGUUCCAUGCCAGUGCGAUGCGGGGCAGUGUGGAGUGUCUGGAGGUGAUGCUGGCACAUGGAGUGGACGUCACUGUGACCGACGGGGCAGGGUUCAACGCUCUGCACCUGGCAGCAAGGCAUGGCCACCCAGAGUGUGUGAAGAGACUGCUGCAGGAGAAGGUCUCAGUUGAUGGGACAGACAACUAUGGGAGGACAGCUCUGCACCACGCAGCGGUCAGCGGCUGUAUCUCCUGCACUGAGACACUCUGGGCUUUUAAGGCAUGUCUGAACUGCAGGGACAGGGACGGGUCGACACCUCUGAUUCUGGCGGCCCAGAUGAGCCGGGCCGAGCUGUGCCAGUUCUUGAUCCAGAGAGGAGCUGAGACCAACGCUCAAGACGCGCAGGGGAGGACGGCCCUCAUGCUAUCGUGUGAGAGUGACAGCGUGGAGACAGUGGAGGUGCUGCUGAGGGGCGGGGCUAACAUCAACAUUGCCGACGCCCUCGGACACAGCGCCGCCCACUACAGCAUGGCAACAGGAAAUGAGGUCAUCAUGAACAUGCUGCACUUCGCCCCCAGGACCAGCGCUGUGGAUUCGGGGGGCAGUGAGCAGCCUCCGCUGGCACCCCCCCUGCCUGGGACAGGGAAGACAGGGACCCCCCACAAGAGAAGAGCCCCCCCUCCACCCAACACUGCAGCACAGGGCUCGCCCCCAUCCCUUGAUUCUCCAGCACAGUCCCCCGAUAGAGACUGCCCCCCUCAGGCUGUGAGGGGGGAGGAUGAGGAGGUGUUUGAGGAGAUUCGGAGGCUGAGGCAGGAGCGAGGACGCCUCCUCCAGAAGAUCAAGGGUCUGGAGCAGCUCUCAAAGUCCGCCCAGCAGCAGGCAAGCACUGGGGCAGUGCUGGAGGAGGAGCUCCACUCCAUGCGCGAGAGGCUGGAGCAGAAGGAGAGGGAUAACGAGGGCCUGUGUGCUGAGUUGUCUGAGCUGCGAAGGAGGGUGAGCCUGUCCCAGCGCAGAGAGAGCGAGACUGAGACAGCCAGCCAGACGGACACAGAGACAGACCACCAGGGCCAGGACAUGCAGGAGCGAUUUGAAUUCCCAGUGUCUGUAUGGAUGAUGACUCUGGAUGUAACCAGACCCCCCCCCCCCACCACCACCCGACCAUCCUCCGGUGAACACGGAGCUCGCAGUGAGAGAGACGCCAAGGUGCAGAUGCUGGAGACCUACGAGAAUGAUGGCACUGAGAUAGAGAGCCAGGACUUCAUCCCAGUCCUCCUGUACGACUCCCUGAAGUCGGAGCUCGACAGGCUGCAGGAGGCUUACUCCCAGGCCCAGGCUGAGGCCGAGGCCUGCAGGGAGAGGCAGGAGAGGGAGGAGACAGAGAGGGGCAGGUGCGAGGCACGGAUACAGAGGCUGGAGGCUGAACUGGAGGAGAGCAGGGAGAGGGAGGGACCUGGGGAGAGCGCUGGAGAGGAACCCGGGGUCAAGACCCUGGAGGAAAUGACCAAGGAGCUCCGAGAGCUGGAGGCCAAGCACAGGGAGACUCUGGACAAGGUUAAGGGGCUUCAAGAGCAGGUGAGACUGGGGAUCUAUUCGGUGGAGGAGAAUGUGCAGGCCAUGCCUAGCAACGAGGAUACACCUAGCAACGUGGACAUGCCUAGCAACGCAGAUUCACCUAGCAGUGAGGACAUUCCUAGCAACGCCGAGGCCAGCUCCAAUACUGAGAGCCUGGAGCUGGAGUUGAAGAAGGCCCGGCAGGAGGCUGCGGAGGCUGGAGAGGCUCUGAGGCAGAGGGGGGAGGCGGUGAAGGAGCUGGAAGCCCGGGUUCAGCAGCUGCAGGACUCGCUGGCUCACAGAGUCUCGCUGGAGGAGUUCCAGGAGAUGAGAAUGGGUUUGAGUAUCCAGCUGGAGGAGAUCUCCAGGGAGAGGGCAGAGCUGGCAGAGAAGCACAACCAGGCCCUGCUGGAGAUCGAGAGGAUCCGCGGGCCGGAGAAGGAGGAGGAGGAGGAGGAGGAGGAGGAGGAGGAGACAUGGGAAAGGCAGGAGGCUGAGGGCCCCGGUGUGGAGGUCGCUCCACUGGAGGCUGAGCUGAGUCAGGUGAGGCAUGCUCUGCGGGAGGCGGUGGAGAGGCUGGAGGCAGAGCGGGCAGAGCGAGCCCAGGAGGAAAGCUCUCUGAGGGGACAGCAAGAGGAACUGCGGGCCUCCCUCUCUGCUCAGAGGGAGCAGGACCAGCGUGCCCUGCAGGAGCUGAGAGCACAACUGGGGGCAGCGCAGCAGGAGAGUGCCAGGCUGCAGGCUGAGCUGGAGGUCCUCAAACAGGAGGCAGCGUAUUGCGAGGAACAGCUGCAGGUCAAGGACUCUGAGCUAGCUGCACUGAGGCAGCAGAAGGAGGUCAGUGUCUCCCAGGAGCAGCUUGAGGAGCAGCGGUGUUCCAUGCAGGUGGAGAUCAACACUCUCACUGCCAAGCUGAGCACCCUGACACGCCAACACGAGAAGACCUGUACUGAGGUGUUCCAGGUGCAGAGGGAGGCUCUCUUCAUGAAGAGUGAGAAGCACAGUGCCGAGGCUGCGCUGGCUGCCGUGGAGAAGCAGCUGCAGGAGCUGAGAGCUGAGUCGGGCCGAGUGCAGGAGCUGCACCAGCGCAUUGAGGAGUCCAGCAGCCUGGUCCGGGAGAGGGACCGCAAGAUCACAGAGCUGUCGAAGGAGGUGUUCAGACUGAAGGAGGCGCUGGGGACCCUGUCUCAGCCGCUGGCCCCCCCCUCCAGACCUGCCCCAUCCCCAGCCAGCCCCACCCCCGGCCAGCUGGAGGCGCUGCAGAGCCAGGUCACCACACUGCAGAAGCAGAUACAGGACUGGGAGAAGAAGCACCUGUCCGUGGUGUCUGUCUAUCGCUCUCACCUGCUCUGCGCUGUGCAGGGGCGCAUGGAUGAGGAGGUGCAGGAGCUCCUGCUACAAAUAUUGAGGGUGCACCAGCAGAGCAGCACCUGAGAAAGACAGGGCGCCCCUACACUGCACAGCGGACAAGCAAACGGGGGAGACCAGCACUGCCUCCACAAAGGAAUCGAGUCAAUAAGCUUUUCGUUUUUUCAAGUGAAUGCCUGCAUGCGCAAGACCUGUCUGAAACCCACCCCCUUUAUUUAGUGUCACAGACUGUUUGAAAACAACAGGAAAUUCAGGAAGCCCGGAGAAGCGCUCCACCUCUAUUUGUCCUGGAAUGGUUUCCGCAGACCGAGCCCAGCGGGUUUCAAGAGGACGUUUUGCAGAAUUCCUGGAAAUGGGAUCAGAAUUAAACAAUUUCACUUUCGCACAAUCAAGACCAGAAUCUCACAGGAGCCUGACUCCCAGCAGAAUAUAACGUUAUCUCUUUCUGUGAUGAGAAAGACAUAGAGUGACAUUGAGACCAGUGAAUUAACACACAGGACCUGUACAAUGUAUACAGUGUAACACACAGGACCUGUACAAUGUAUACAGUGUAACACACAGGACCUGUACAAUGUAUACAGUGAAUUAACACACAGGACCUGUACAAUGUAUACAGUGUAACACACAGGACCUGUACAAUGUAUACAGUGAAUUAACACACAGGACCUGUACAAUGUAUACAGUGUAACACACAGGACCUGUACAAUGUAUACAGUGUAACACACAGGACCUGUACAAUGUAUACAGUGUAACAC